UGUCAAGUGUCAAAUUCUGAAACAUAUCACAAAUUAUUUUAUUUAUUGUAAUAAGAAUAGAUAAGCUUCUUAGGCACUUUCUUCUUCAGUUUGUGUUUAAAGCGCAAUUUUGAAGCUCACGAAGCCGAAACAUUUAAGUAUCUGGUGUUUGAGGGGCAAGGGAAAACGCAACCGUGUUUGACGCACAGAUCUCAAAAAUGACAACUUGAAACAUGCGCACGCAUGUGCUCGAUUGGGGGCUCAAAUUGUGCAAUUGGGAAGCAGCUUAUAACUAAACAGAAACGAUGUCAAUACUAAAAAAAUCAUAAAAUGAAUGUACCGUUCAACAAUUGAGAGUAAUUGCAUUCAUAAAAUAUAAUAGUAUUCUACACAAUAUGACUUUGUUACAUUGAAUUAAAUAUUUGGAAGUCGCUUCUAGCUAGAACGUUUUUGUAUUUAGUAACUUUGGUGAACAAUGAGUUUCAGAGAAGCCAUUAAAUCGAAAAAAGGGUCUUUAAAACAUACGGACACUAUAGUUACUACAGUCGAUGGCAAGAUAAUUAAAGAAACUAAAGACAAAUCUGAAAUAAUUGGUGAAUGUGUUGGAUAUAUUGUAGACACUAAACCUGAUAGAAUUCCAGUAAAAAUAAUAAACAAUUUAUAUUUAGGAGCCCAAGAUUGCUGCGAAAAAGAAGUUUUAGACUGUUUUGAUAUUAGAGUUGUGUUAAGUAUAGGAAUUGAACCAUCAGAGAAGUACCGUAGUAUCAUUUAUAAAUAUAUAGAUUGUUUAGAUUUACCAGAAACCGAAUUAAAAAGUACAUUAGAUAUAGCUAUACGAUUUAUAGAUCAACAUAUAGAUUGCAAUCAAAUAUUGGUACACUGUAAUGCAGGUGUGAGUAGAUCUGCAUCUAUUGUAAUCGGUUAUUUAAUCUUAAAAAAGGGAUUUGAUUAUGAAGGGGCUUUACAGUUGUGUAGAAAAGUUAGGAGUUGCGUCAAGCCAAAUAUUGGUUUUGAAAAACAAUUGAAAAUGUUAAGUAAUACCUUAUAAAAAUAAUUGUCUUUCUUUGUUUCUAAGGAAUAUAUUAAGAUUAAGAUUUCUGUGGCCCCUAAAGUUGACUGUGGUCUCUUAUAAGAGCAACCCCUUAUGGUAUGGGAAAAAUAAAGACAAAAUUCUAUCAACCCUAUGUUUUGACAUAUCUAGAGUCAAAACUAGGUAUCCCAAAGUUGGAAAAAAAGAAGAAAACGGAGACCUCAGGUCUUAAACUAUCCAAAAGGUUUCUUUCCUAUUCCACCAAUUGAUCUCAAAAAGCCCUUCCAUUGAACAAUGACGAACUAAAAAAGAGUUAUUUGUAUGCUUACUGCUGAACUAACAUCUGAAGAACAUCGGAUAAACACCCGGCAACUGUUGUCGUUUCGGUAAGGAUCCAAAGGAAACUGCCAAACACCUUUGUGAGUGCAAGGCAAUCCAUAAACCAAGACCAAGGUACCUUUCAUUGAAGCUUUCUAAAGCCUGAGGUGGUAAGCUGCAUAGACAACAGACAGGUAGCUCACUUUAUAUGGUAGUUUUCCUCAGACUGGUGGACACAAUAGAUCAAAGUGUUAGUGAGGGAGAUUCACGACCUUGCGCCCUAGCUCAUCUAAUCUAAUUGCUGCUAAAUCUUUUAACCAAAACCACGUGGAACAGCAAGUCUUUAAUUUGUUACAAAUUAAAAAAUAAAAUAUGAAGAAACUGGCUGUUGAUCUGCAUCAUAAAGGGAUAGUUGUGUUCGUUUGAUAGAUGCCAUAGAGAGAAAAAUGGGCCAACGGCUUUCUUAUCUUGGUGAUAUUCUAAUUGAGGGGGGGAAUGCAAUGACUUUUUUGUUAUCUUAACGUGCAGUGCUAGAAAUCGCAUUUUGAUUGAUCACACCUAAUUUAUCUUGUUGUAUAGAAUUAUAAUAAUAAAACAUAUAAUUAUAAAAACCUUUAUUGUGUAACAAUCAUAUAAAAUAUCUUUAAAAAGUUGGAAUGUAGUUAUAAACAAAACAAUGUGUAAAAAAGUGAGUAUAAAAAAUAUACACAUACAAAUUUAGAUCUAAAAAUAAUGGACUUAUAUUAAUUCAGAUCAUUGUAAAAAGCAUUUUGAAAUUGUAUAAAAAGUUUUGUUCAACAUAUUUACAUUUAUAUUGAAUACUACAAAAAUAUUAGUAGUUCAUAUGUACUUUGAAGGAAAAAAGUCACUAUCAUGAAGAAAAUAGUCUUUUUAUGGUCAUACAUUGAGCUUUUGACUUAAAUGUGAAAGUUCAAUUGACAUAAGAAAAAAAUAAAUAAGUGGUAGGAAGAUAAAUAAAAAAUUGUUCACGCUACAAGAUUACAACACAAAAAAAUGCAAGUGUAAGUCUGUUUAGUUUCUUCAUUUAUAUGGAAAGAAUAAUCGAUUGACGAGAUCAAAAUUUUACAUAAAUGCACCUGAUUAUAUUAAAGUCAUUUUAAUCCAAUACUUUAAUAAAAAAAAUAGAAAAA